AUGCCUCGACCGCAAGAAGUCCCCACUCAGCUGUCCUUUACGUCUCGCGCUGGCCAGCAGAAGCUCGGAGGCCUGUACCAGCUCAUCGAGGGUCAAAUUUCCAACGGCUUCCCUGUUUGGAAGAGAGUUGGUGCCGGGGAAGAGGCAUGGAUAUACAGUGGUCCAAACAAGAAGUGGUAUGUCAGCUGCAACAAGGCCGUGGAGGAGUCCGACUUCCAGUGUGGGCGCGGCUUGGUGUCCAGCAUCGACGAGCACCGGGGCCUGCUUCCGAACAUGCUUGAAGAGCACAGCUGGCAGUACAAGGACAGUCGCGGGUGGAACAAGGACAUGUCGAUCAGUUUCCUGCUGCCAGCUACAAUGGCGCCAGAGACGGUCUUCAUAGCGUCGCCGAAUGCGCACCAGAAGCUUAGUGGCGAGUACCGUCAUUGCGAAGGGCAGCUUGCCAAUGGCUACCCGUUCUGGAAACGUGCUGGCUUUGGGGAGGAAGCCUACCUUUACAGUGGCAGAAAUGGUAAGUGGUAUGUGGUCGGCAGAGAUUUGGUGCUUGAAAGGGACUUCAACUGCAGCUUCGGUGGUAUUGUCUCAUCCAAGCCACAUGCAGGCUUGCUGCCGCAGACCUACGCGGGUGCCGCCAGAGGCUGGGGCAUCAAGACCAGUGAGGGCUGGCAGCAGGAUGAUGACAUCCGAAUAACCACGACGCCCUUUGAGAAGCCACCUGAGCUUCUGUGGGUGACAUCGCAGAAAGGCGCGCAGAGCUUCUCCGGACGCUUUGAGCUCCUGGAAGGCAUGCUGGCAAAUGGACAUCCCGUCUGGAAGCGAAGCGGUGCUGGGGCUGCAGCCUGGCUCUACAGUGGCACGAACGGACGCUGGUGCAUUGCCGGGAGCGAGGUGGCCAACCACAAGUUCAGAUGCAGUGUGGCCCAGAUUCGUUGCGCCCCACACUUCGGCUCCAUGCCCCACCGACAGGGCAGCUGGCUGCUGCAGCAUGAGGAUGGCUGGUGUGAAGAUGAUGAAGUCCAGCUGUCAACAUCGCCUCCAGCAAUGUUGCAGGAUCUGUACUUGUUGAGCCCAAAUGCGGAGCAGAAGAAGGCAGGCAGAUAUCAGCUUGCGUCAGACACCCUCGUCCAUGGCUAUCCGAUAUGGAGAGGCGGACACAGCGACGAGAAAAUUCUCUACACGGGUAGCGACGGCCGAUGGUAUGUUGGCAGUUCAAGCGAGGUGGUGCAGAGGUCGUACGACUGCACCCUUGGCCGGUUGGCCUCCGUGGAACCUCAUGGUGGUGUUAUGCCAAAUGAGCUGUUCGACGCACCCUGGCAGUACAAGACCGAUGAAGGAUGGUGCUUGGACGCUGACAUCUCCCUGUCUGCAGAGCCUGCAGAAGCCGUGAAGCAGCUCUAUGUGGUCUCGCGCAACACGCACUGCCACGUAAGCGGCAUCUAUUCCUUGCUGCCAGGCCAGACAGUGAACGACCAGCCUCUGUGGAAGAGAGAAGGGUCCGGUGAAGAGCUCUGGCUGUAUGGCGGCACAGACGGAAAAUGGCAUGUUUCUGAUCGACAGGCCUACGAGAAGAACUUUGUUGGUGAAAGAAGCUUCAUCUUCUCAAGUCCGCAUGGCGGCGUCAUGCCGGACAUGUUGACUGGAAGGUGGCAUUCGUCUGUGAAUGCGUUCGCGGAUCCGGAAGUGGCCGUGCUGGCCCGCUUGCCGGAGUACCCGCAAGAACUGACGCUGCUGCUGCCUAGUGGACAGCAGAAGCUCGCGGGCAAAUACCACAUGGUCUUGGGCUCUGCGGCCAACGGACAAUGUGUGUGGAAACGUGUUGGAGCCGGGGAGGAGGCCUGGCUGUACAGUGGCACCACCGGUCAUUGGCACGUAGGUGGCACGAAAGCCUACGCCCUUGCCUUCAAUUGUAGCAUUGGCAAUGUCGCUUCCCUGCAUCCGCAUGGAGGGACGCUUCCUUGCUAUGAAGCUCGCGGGUGGAAAGUCAGGGACUCCGAAGGAUGGAAGAUGGCCAGCGAUGCACGCGUUCUGCGGGGCUCCCUGGCUUCGGCGUUCCCACCGGUGCUGCAUGUCAUCUCACAAGCGCAGCCUGGCAAGGCAGGCGUGUAUCAAAUACUUUGGGAUGAGUAUUUGAAUGGCCAGCCGGUGUGGGGUCGUGCAGAGCCGGGCGAGAGCAGCUUGCUUUACAGCUCUUGCGACGGAUUCUGGUGCAUUUCCCGACAGGUUUGCGACAGGCACAGCAAAUGCUGCAUGGGCAGUGUUGCAUCGCUGCAACCCCACGGUGGUUCGAUGCCCCACCUGUGCUAUGAGGGAUGGCAGGUGAAGCGCGAAAGCGGAUGGGAUGCGGACUCCAACCUCCUGGUUCAAACCAACCCGCCAGAAGGUCCUGCAGUCUUACACGUCACCUCAGAGCUGGGCGAGCACAUUUCUGGCAAGUAUUGGCUCGUAGAAGGUGAGUUUCGAAACCAUCGACACGUCUGGAAACGUGCCAGCUCUGCCGGCGGACCCUGGAUCUCCAGCGGCAGCGAUGGCUCCUGGUUCCUUCAUUGCAGUCCUUCGUCCUUGUCGCCUGCACAUGUCGGUCCUCUGGAAGUCACCUCGCUGCGUGGGGACUCCUAUGUGACUGGCGAAUACUUUCCUGUGGAAGGUCAGGAAGGUUGCGCAUGGAAGUUACGUCGCGCAAGAGAUUCUGCGGUCUGA